UAGCCCACUAUAACACAAAAAAAAGCACUUUGAACGAUUUUGCAAACCCCAGAAAAUGCAAAAGCAAAAACCAAUCUCACUGCAAAACACCCAUGUCAAGCUUCUCGCCUUCGAUCUCCUCUCUCUCACUCCAAACCCUUAUUCUUCAGAUCCAUCCUCCACUUUCUACCGCAGAGGCAUCCCUCUCACACGCGCAGAAACCGUCGGCACCGUCACGCUCCGCGACCACAAGCCCAACAGGUUCCUCAGGUUCGCCAUCGACGACGGCACCGGGUGCAUCCCCUGCAUCCUCUGGCUCAACCAACUCUCGUCCCCGCAUCUCGCACGCCGCCGGAGCCCGCAGGAUCUCCGUCUGAUCGCCGACGCAGCUGAGAGCUCCGCCGCGCUGGUGAAGGUGGGGGUGGUUGCGAGGGUGAGGGGGCGGAUCACGGCGUUUAGGGGUUCGGUGCAGAUGACGGUUUCGGAUGUUGUGUUGGAGAGGGACCCGAAUGCUGAAAUGGUUCACUGGAUUGAGUGUGUUAACUUGGCUCGUAAUUGUUAUAAUGUUUUGCCUCAACCCUCUUCUGCUUCUGCAUCAUCACACCCCAAGUAGAAUCCAAUUGAACCUAUUUUUAGCAUUUUUUUAUGUGAGUAAAUAUAGAAUUUGAUUGUAAGAGAUGAUGUUUUCAUCAAGGGCUUGUUUGUCUUGCACUUAUCCCAUGUUUGAAUACAAGCUAGACAUACCCUGAAAGAGAAUGUACAAGUGAUAUUUGAGAGUUUAAGCAAGUGUAAAUUGUUUCAAGUUUAUUUUCAUAAGCUUAAAAAAAGUUAAGCAAAA